ACGCCUUAAUCACAAGGCCAUGCCAGACCCUAGUUACAUUAGUAGAUUGUAUGUUACCAAAUAUAUCUUUUACAAGUGUUUCUCUAGUAGACAGUAACCGCCCAUUUCACAAUCAAUUCAACCACUAAAACUUGCUGCUUUAAGAACUAAGAGCACAUUUUGCAAGCUGGAACCAUUCUAAAAUAUUAUGGAAGAUUAUCAGAUAAAAUACAGGUCUGUUCAAGGUGCUUAUUUGUGGGUCAAAAGUAGUAUAGCUGCAGAGCUAGAAAGUAAAGAAGAACUCUUAAAAGCUCUUUGUCUUGUGGGAAGAAACCCUUCAAAAGAAAGAGUGGCAAAGUACUGGCUCCCAGAAACUGACACUAUUUCUUUUGAAGAAUUUACAAGAAUUGUGGAUCAAGAGCCAAUUUUGAAAGUUGGUGAUCUUAUAGAGGCUUUCACUUUCUUAGGAGGAGAUGGAUAUGGAAGUAUAAGCUAUGAAAAUUUAACUGAUCUUCUGACGACAAAAAGAAACAAAAUGACUUACCAAGAAGUUGAAACAAUAUUAAAUGAAGUUACCCAGUCUAAGGAUGGGAAGGUAGACUAUCUUCGUUUGUGUGCCACUAUUAUUUCUGUUGCAAAUCAUUGCCACUAUAUAGCUGAGAGUAAAAUUUCCUCCAUUGAAGCUCAGAAAAGAGUAAACUCAAGGACUUUUACACGCAGGCCAGGAUCAAGUCAUUCUGGAAGUACUCUAGAUAAAAUUGAUUCACCAGAUAGUCAAUGUCUUCCACCAUACAAGAGUGAUUCCGACGACAGGUUAGAGUUUCUGUCACCCCAAGGGGGUUAUCGGGAUAAUUUGUGUCUUCCAUCAAACCAGAAUGACUAUCAGGAUAUUCCAGUGUCUUUACUAAAUCACCAGGAUUGCAAUAAGGUGAUAUCCCGAGGAUUUUUCUUUGUAGAAGAUGAUGGAAGAAUAUCUAGUCAUCACUACACUUUAGACUUAAAAGAAAAUUGUACAGUGUGUAUUAGCACUAAAGCUGUAGAAGUGGAAAGAUUUGGUCAAGUAGAUGUUGAGGUACUGCUGUUUAGUGAAGGAGAAAGUGGAAUUCGAUCUCUUAUUUCCUCCACCCAAUUGAAAGACAGACAGGUACAGUCAUACUUCUCCUAUUUAUUACAGAAUAACUGCAAUAAAUGAAUAAAGUAAAAAUAC